AUCGCUGGGCAUGACAAACCUCAGCGCCAUAAGCGCCUCCCUCUCAUCCAAUGAUCUGUCAUUCGUGUCAAGCCGACUGAAAUCCAGAUUUCUGAUUGGUCCGAAGAUGGCCGAGCCAAUCGCGGUUGCCUUUACUCCACUUUAUUCCGCUGGCCCUUUCCGCUUCAUCCAUUCUACGGGCCCUUCCACUUAUCAUUGAGACGGGAAUGAUCAGUUUCGACUUGCCACUCGAACCGACCAAACGAAGAGAGACAUACACCAUGGUUACUUGGGUCCGGUUUUGGAUUAUGGGCGUCAUGUUAGUGCCGCAUGGAGCGAUAUCGCAAAACACCAACGAAACCAGCUCUCGUCAAAAACGACUAUUCAGUAUUUUCAAUAUUGUCACGUUCAAGAACGACGUUUGCGUCUCAACCGGAGCUGGAAAUCUUCAUGGAACUUGUUAUGAUUCGACGUCUUGCAGUUCCAAAGGUGGAACAGCUUCAGGAAAUUGCGCGGCGGGCUUUGGCGUGUGUUGCCUUUUCAUUGUGAAGGGAUCUUGUGGCAGUACCCAAACCAUCUCCCAGAACUGCACUUACAUCCGGAAUUCUGGAUAUCCAGUGGCCGAUGCCACCCCGAGCGAGACCUGCACUUACGAGUUCAAUCGAAUUUGCGACAACAUUUGCCAAAUUCGGUUGGAUUUCAAAACCUUGAAAACGGAAGAUGCAACUACAGGAAUCUGCGGCACAGCAGCUGAUACCAUCCUCGUUAGAAGCCCGUUUUCGGAAUCGUCUAAUGGAUUUCCCCCGGCGGUUUGUGGCACUUUGACCGGACAACACAUGUAUUUCGAAACAGGCGUAACUGGAGGAGCUGGUACAUUAACCAUUAUCAAAGGAACUAGCACAGGGAGCCGAACUUAUGACAUCAAAGUCACAUACCUAACUUGUGACAACACAGCCAAAGCUCCUGCAGGAUGCACCCAAUAUUUCACGGGGCCAAGUGGAUCUUUUCAAUCUUAUAACCACGCCAAUGGUCAGCUCCUAACCAGCCAGAAUUAUCAGAACUGUUUCAGACAAGAAGCCGGAUAUUGUCGUUUGGAAAUCAAAGAGUCCGCAACCACCAUGCCAGAUCCAUUCUUAUUAUCAGCUCCACCUACAAUGGCAGAGGUUACGUGCCAGGCUGUGAGCUUCCUCUCCUUUCCAACACCAACUCUCUCAUCGUUCUGUGGCGGGAUUUUGGAUAGCACGGAUACAUCCACGGUCGCCAACCCGCAAACUUCUAUUCCAGGAACAGCCUUUCAAGUUGGCUUACGUACACUGGGAACUACCUUGGCUGACUUAGCAGGAUUUAAUCUGGAUUAUACCCAGAUCCCCUGUGCCUAAGUUGGUUUGAAUCAAAAGUACCUUUUUGAUUUGACGCCGUUGACAAUGAAUGACUAAGAUAUAUUUUGAAUUGAACUUAUUACCUCUCUGAAAUACAUAUGGUUCACUA